AUGUUGGACGAUAACAAUGUUCAUGCUAAAGCCUUUAGAAUGGAGAGAGAUGUGUUAAGGGAUUGUGCAUUUCAAGACUUGAGGUUGAAACUAAUUUUGAGUCGACUUGGUGACGGUCGGGUCUAUAACGCGCCCACUAUUUUGGGGGUUGCUGCACUUAUUGUUGGUGAUGUUGACACUGUUGAACUAAGAGACAUCAUAAUCCAUGAGCGUGAUGGUGGCUUGCAAAGGAUGGAUGAGUUCUACCCAACUUAUCUUGGCUACCAAUAUCCUUUGAUUUUUACAUAUGGGGAAGAUGGUUACAGGGAUAAUAUACUCCACAAGUACCAACACGAAACAACUGUGACAAAGCAAAACAGAAAAACUAUUAAGAAUUGGCUUUGCUACCGACUCCAAGAACGUGUUGCUGAACCUAAAACAUUACUACAUUUGAGACGGCUAUUCCAACAAUCUUUGGUUGACGAUUACACGAUGAUGGAAACAGAACUUCUUAAUUGGUUGCAGGAAAAUCAAUCUAAGCUAAGGGUUGGUGGUAAAUAUAAAAACAUACAACAAUAG